AUGUCGGCCACCGAAUCAUCACAGUCUCCGGGGCUCGGGCAGAGCAACGAACCCCCGGCUCCAGAGAAUUCCGAACCCAUCGAGAACCCCACGUCGACAGCUGACCUCCCCACCGCCCCGAAUGAUACAUCGAACGAGAACCUACCACAGAACGAGAUGAAUGCGGAGGAAGGAAAUGGGCUGCAAGCCACUCGUGAAGAGCUUGAAGCUCCCGAGGACUCUGUUUUAGCUUCACAACAUUCACAUUCCGUCCUGUCGCAGCCAGUCCCGCUUGAGGGGCAGAUGGAUGAACUAUCAAUAUCAGAGCCGAACACACCCGGGCCUACAGAGAUACAUACCCCCCCUGCACCCCCACUACCUGAAAAAGACGAUGCGUACCUAAAUUUGGCGUCGACCCUAGCUGCGACACCAGCUGCGACCCAAUCGAUGAGCGAAGAGAGCUCUGGCCCAAGCUCCGAAAAGGAGUUGCCAGAAGUGCCUGGAGAUAGCGACCCUGAAUCAAAACAACCCAGGAAGGCCGAAGGGUCUCGAGAAGAUAAUGACUCCCAGCCGGAAAUCCAGAGCAUCAUGGGCCAGUUCCAGGACCCGGCGCGAGUCACUGAUCAAGAACAAAUCAUGUCGCCUCGACUGGAGCUAGCUACUCAGAACUACUUCCCGCCUCGAAAAUCAAGCCUGGACCAUAUUCAGUCACCCGUAACUGGACCCUCCGCUCCCUCCCCGCAAGCGCCUCAUGCACCGUCGCCUACGACCACAUUUUCUCGUAGAUCGAUCGGUCCCGAUGAUCCGAUGUUGACCCGGCGAUCAUCGACGACUUCAACGAUCCCCCCACCAGAACCCGAGUCAGAUCAGCCGUUUGACUUCCAUCGCUUCUUAGAACAACUACGACACCGCACUGCUGACCCCGUGGCUAAAUUCUUGCGCUCUUUUCUCCUGGAAUUUGGAAAGAAACAAUGGAUGGUCCACGAGCAGGUCAAGAUCAUCAGCGAUUUCCUGGCCUUCAUUACAAAUAAAAUGGCUAUUUGUGAGGUCUGGAGAGAUGUGUCAGAUAGUGAGUUCGAUAAUGCCAAGGAAGGAAUGGAGAAGCUUGUCAUGAAUCGCCUGUAUUCUCAGACAUUUGCACCGGCUAUUCCCGCCCCUCCCACGAUCCCUCGGAGUGCAAGCCGCAGUCGACGGAGAGAGAUCGAGAGACUACAUGGACCUUGGAGAAGAGGCCAGCAUCAGGAAGACAUUGAGCGUGAUGAUAUUUUGGCCCAGAAGAUUCGUAUCUACAGCUGGAUUAGUGAAGAACACCUGGAUAUUCCUCCUGUGAGCGGUGGUGGCCGUCGUUUCCUCAACCUGGCGCAACAAGAAUUACUCAAGCUGAAUGGCUACCGUGCUCCACGUGAUAAGGUCAUCUGCAUCUUGAAUUGCUGCAAGGUCAUUUUUGGCCUGUUGCGCAAUAGCAAAAAAGCCGACACCUCCGCAGACUCUUUUGUUCCACUUCUGAUCUACGUGGUGCUCCAUGCGAACCCCGAUCACCUUGUCUCCAACAUUCAAUAUAUCUUGCGUUUCCGCAAUCAAGACAAGCUCGGCGGUGAGGCGGGCUAUUAUCUAUCUUCGCUAUCUGGAGCUAUACAAUUCAUCGAAACCUUAGACCGCACCAGCAUCACUGUCAGUGAUGAAGAGUUUGAGCGCAAUGUUGAGGCUGCUGUCUCCGCAAUCGCUGAACAGAACCGGGAAACAGAACCUUUGAAUGAGAAACGCUCGAACCAACCCACUACCCCCAGUGCCUCCACACAACCGCAGCCAGGGCCAAGUCGCAAAGAAACCACACAAUCAAGCGACGAAGACACCUCCUCCGCACCUGUCGCGGGCCUUCUGCGUACCAUCCAGAAACCUUUAUCUACCAUUGGUCGCAUUUUCUCCGACGAGAGUGACAGUAACUCCCCUCAAGAUCGUCCUCUUCACCCUGCCGUAACUCCUCAACCGGUGCCCCCUCGCCUCAAUCCCAAUGUUUACCAACCCCCGCGCUCCAGCAGUGAGGGCAGACGUUCAGGUGAUGAGCGUGUGCCCCCACGCCAGGACAGUGCUAAGAAAAAUCUGACCCGUGUUCUGGACGCUCAAGAUGCGGCUGCUAGGCAGGCCAGCGCAGAAGAUGCGGAGGCACGACGCAUUCAGAGCGCUGAGCAUAACAAUGUUGUCGAAACAUUAUCAAACAUGUUCCCCAACCUGGACCGCGACGUUAUCGACGAUGUGGUCAAAAUUAAAGAAGGAAGGGUUGGCCUUGCCGUCGACGCAUGUCUCGCUCUUAGCGCAGAAUAG